AUACCAAAACACCUACUUUAUAUAUACCUGACACGACUGUGGAAUCUGACGGGGAUUUGUCUAUAACCACCCUUAAUCUCACUUUAACAUCGCCAGACGAUACGACUGUGGAUUCUUCUGAGAUUACUAGUACUACAAGUUCGAGGCAAGUUCAGUUAACUUUUAACUUGACGGAAGAUACUACUAAGUUGGCUCUAAUAGAUGAACCAAACAGUAUCACAAUCUCUGCCAGAAUUUUUGAAAUAAUAACAACAGACGGACCAAUCAUAGUCUACGUAAAUCUAACUGUAGUUGAGGAAUCCACUCUUUUUAAGAUAUCUACUGGAGAAUUAAAAAUCACAUCUGAUAUCGUGAGUAUCGAUAUUUACAGGGACGGCAAGAAAGUAAAUAUCGAUAAUAUCCAGAUAGAUGUCUUAUUUGCAUAUUGA